AUGUUUCGGGUUUCCAGACGGAUGCUGACGGGCGGGUUUGAGGGCCAUAAACCCGGGAUGGAGAACAAGAGCUUAAAGGACAAGGCCAAGGGAGAGCUAAUUAAGAUGUUGAAAAUUCAGCUUGUGUUGGUACCGCUGGUGGUAGGAUGGGUAAUGAUUAUGUACCCGCAGCCGUCCCCUGAGGAGGAAAAGCGGCUUCGCGCCGAGUACGAGAAGAAUGCCGGAUGGAAGACCUAA